AAAUCCAGUCCUUAGUGUCGAUAACCGAGUAGCGAAUCUUGGAGUGUUUUGUUGCUAUUACGGCUCUUCAUCACUUCCUAUCAUGUCCUAAAUCCACGUAAUGAAUAAAUGAAUCGAUUCUAAGAGCUGGAAUUUGUUCGAUCCGGAUUUAAUCGUGUUUUUGUGGUGUUAUUCAUUCAGAGCUCAUGGUGACCCUGAUGGACUCGGUGCCCAAACCGGGCUCCUCGCAGGUCUCGGACGUCGUGUUCGUUAUCGAGGGCACGGCCAACCUCGGGCCGUACUUCGAAUCCCUGCGCAAGAACUAUAUCCUACCGGCUAUCGAGUACUUUAACGGAGGCCCUCCGGCGGAAACUGACUUCGGAGGAGACUAUGGAGGAACCCAGUACGGCCUGGUGGUCUUCAACACGGUGGACUGCGCUCCUGAGUCUUACGUCCAGUGCCACGCCCCGACAAGCUCUGCCUUCGAGUUUGUGUCGUGGAUCGACAGCAUCCAGUUUAUGGGAGGAGGAGCUGAGAGCUGCAGCCUCAUCGCUGAGGGACUCGCUGUUGCACUGCAGCUGUUCGACGACUUCAAGAAAAUGAGGGAGCAAAUCGGACAAACUCACAAGGUGUGUGUGCUGCUGUGUAACUCCCCCCCGUACCUGCUGCCCGCCGUGGAGAGCGUCAGUUACACGGGCUGCACCACAGACAGCCUGGUGCAGAUCAUCCGAGACAGAGGAAUCCAUUUCUCCGUGGUCGCCCCACGGAAACUCCCGGCUCUCCGAGCUCUCUACGACCGAGCGUCGCCUAUAGGAGCACCUGAGCCUUCGCACCCGGACUACAGCCAAGACCCGUUUCACAUGGUGCUGAUCCGCGGCAUUGCACUCCCGGUCGCUCCUGGAGGUGGUUCCAGUUCCGUCGCCCUCAAACCCUGUCCCGGCAUUUUGUCCCAGCAGCCUCUGCCUAGCAAUCAAACUCCCAUAUGCUCCGCCCCCCAGCCUCCUCCUUCAGUCAGCACUACGCACACGUACCCAGGAAAUUCUCUGACUGCGGCGGCGGCUGCAGCUGCAAUGGCCGUGGAAGCCGCCAGCAAAAGUCGAUUCGCAGGUAUGAGCGGCGGCCCCCCUUUCAGCACCCCGCCGACUCUUCCGUCAGUGGGUGGAGUCAAAUUACCGCCAGUCAGCCAGCCCAGCCUAUCUACGGUCACCACAGUGUCCACACCCAUGAUACCACAGCAGCCAGCCCCUCCCCCGGUCCCACAGCAGCCACAGGUCAUGCCUCCCGGGCAGCCGCUGGCCAAUCAGCAACCCCCUCAGGCUCUCCAGCAGCCGCCUCCGACCAAUCCGCAGGCACCGCCGGUUUCUCAGCCUGGCAUGUCUGGAGUUUCUGUGCCGCAGCCGGGAGCCAACCCCAUCUCUGUUCAGCAAAAUGUUCCCAGUAAAGUGGUGGCCUGGAGUGGCGUUCUGGAGUGGCAGGAGAAGCCCAAAGCCUCCUCCAUUGACUCCAACACCAAACUGACUCGCUCACUGCCCUGCCAAGUGCAAGUCAACCAGGGAGAGAACCUGAACACGGAGCACUGGCCUCAGAAGCUCAUCAUGCAGCUCAUUCCUCAGCAGCUCCUGACCACUCUGGGUCCUCUGUUCAGGAACUCUCGCAUGGUCCAGUUCCUGUUCACGAAUAAGGAUGUGGAGUCUCUGAAGGGGUUGUACCGCAUCAUGACCAACGGCUUCGCGGGCUGUGUCCAUUUCCCCCACAGCGCUCCGUGUGAAGUGCGAGUCCUCAUGCUGCUUUUCUCGUCCAAGAAGCGGAUUUUCAUGGGUUUGAUUCCGAACGACCAGAGCGGCUUCGUCAACGGCAUCCGCCAAGUCAUCACCAACCACAAACAAGUGCAGCAUCACCGCACGAUGGGAAACACGGGGCAGAUGCAGUCCACUCAGGUUCCACAGAAUCAGAACUUCCUGAACCGACCACCAGGGCAAAUCCCCGUCACUCACGGCAACGUACAGCCUCAGCCUGUGGUGGUGGGCAUGGCUCCUGUUAGUCAGGUCACAAUGAUGGACGAGCAGCAGAGACAGAAUAACAUGCUAACGAUGAGAGGAGCGGUGACGGCCAAUCAGCAGCCUGCGGUCACCGGACCCCUGCCCAAUCAGGUGGCUCAGGGUCAAGCCCAGCCCCCUGGUUCUAUGCUCCGCCUCCCCAACCCAGGAGCCAAUCCACAGCUCCGUAGCCUUCUACUGAGCCAACAGCAGCCACAGAGUGCUGUGUCUCACAUGCAGGGCAUGCUCCCUCUGCAGGGUCUCAACCAGCCCAUGGUGCAUCCUACAGGAGCAGGUGCUCAGAUCCAAACCCAGUGGAGACAGUCGAUCCCAGGUCAGAUGAUGAUGAGCGCCGGUCCGAGGGGCGCAGUCGCCCAGAACCAGGGCAUGCCCCAGGUCUCGAGCGUGAUGGAGGACGAGAUUCUUAUGGACCUUAUCUGAGGAGUCUUGCAGACUUUCUAUUUUUUUUCCUUUCGCUUUAUACGGAAGAAGCGCCGGUGGUUUGUUAGUGAGGUUUUAUUUCCCGAAAUCAAACCACCUAACGUUGUGGCCACGCCCACUUCCAUUUAAAUCGGAUUAUUCUUGUAUUUUUUACGCUUUUACUUUCGCAGAGGUUUUUACUUUUCUCUUAAGUUGGGCUGCGUCGCUGAUGCGACCGUCGUCCUCGCCGCUCUCGCCGCCGCCGCCCCCCAGCAUCCCUGCUGUUCUUUUAGGAAAAUGAAAUAAAGAUGGUGCAGGUUUU